AUGGGUGAUGUUCCAUCCCCAGAUAAACAAGAUUACUCCCAAACAGCAGCAACUACGUCCCACUUUUCAUUGCUUCACUCUUUACUUAGAAGCCAUGAGGCAGUACAGAAAUCUUUGGUUCACAGUUAUUGGAAGAGCUUUAACGGAUUUGCAGCUUGGCUUUCAUCAUCUCAUGUCCAACACCUGUCAAAUAUAGACGGUGUAAUUUCGGUGUUUGAAAGCAAAAAUAUUGAACUAUUGACAACUAAAUCAUGGGAUUUUGUGGGACUACCUCUGACUCAACAAACCAAUCAUUCGGAAUAUCAAAGUGAUGUAAUUGUUGGCGUUAUAGAUACAGGAGUAUGGCCGGAAUCAGAAUGCUUUGAUGAUGCUGGAUUGGGUUCCGUUCCCUCAAAAUGGAGGGGAGUGUGCCAGACAACACCCGACUUCAAAGCUUGCAAUAAGAAAAUAAUAGGUGCAAGCUUUUAUUAUAAGGGCUAUGGAUCUCAACCACCUGCGGGUGAAUUUGUCUCUCCAAGAGAUUUAUCUGGACAUGGAACACACACCUCUUCCAUAGCCGCUGGAAGCAUUGUAAGAAAUGCCAGCCUCUUUGGACUAGCCCAAGGAGACGUACGUGGAGGAGUACCUGGUGCAAGGAUUGCUAUAUACAAGGUCUGUUGGUUGAAUUCAUGCAAUUGUGCAGAUAUACUUGCCGCAUUUGAUGAUGCAAUCUAUGACGGUGUAGAUGUCAUUUCUGUUUCACUUGGGGGUGGUGGACACGGGAUUCUCACAUAUGACUACUUUGAAGAUUGCAUUGCAAUAGGAGCAUUUCAUUCUAUGAAGAGAGGAAUCUUAACAUCAAACGGUGCUUGUAACGAUGGCACUUUGGGAUCUGUUUGCAAUUAUUCCCCCUGGUCUCUGACAGUGGCUGCAAGUACCAUUGAUCGCCAUUUCGAAUCACAACUUACUUUAGGAAACCGAAUAUCUUUUGAGGGGCAUGCUAUAAACACAUUCACAAUGGAGCAGCCUUGGUAUCCUUUAGUAUAUGGAGGAGACGCUGCUAAUGUUUCUGGUGGAUUUUCUUCAGAUGACUCUAGUGGUUGUGGGUUAUAUUCCCUGGAUCGCAGCGUAGUGGAAGGAAAAAUAGUACUUUGCUACUUGUCAAACCCCAGUGAUCUGCCAGAUGGUGGAGUGUACGUCUCUGGAGGUGCAGGUGCCAUAAUAAUGUAUGAUAUUACGAAUGAUACAGCUUUCUCGUUCAUGGUCCCUGCCACAGUUAUUUCUUCCGAACAGGGAGAGGUUAUCAAAUCUUACAUCAAUUCCACAAGGUCUUCUAUUGCAAGUAUAGCAAAAAGUGUAGCUGAGAAUGAUUUACCUGCACCUAUACUAGCUCAAUUCUCAUCUAAAGGUCCCAACCCAAUCACACCAGAUCUUCUGAAGCCUGAUAUCACCGCACCAGGUGUAGAUAUUCUAGCGGCUUGGUCAAAUGCUGCACCAUUGAGCAUGGAUCCUUUGGACAAAAGAGUAGUGGAUUUUAACAUACUAUCUGGAACAUCCAUGGCAUGCCCUCAUGCCACAGGAGCAGCUGCCUAUGUCAAGUCAUUUCAUCCUGACUGGUCUCCUGCUGCUAUCAAAUCCGCUCUCAUGACCACAGCAUCAACAUUGGAUGCAACAUUAGAUGGCAAUGAAGCUGCAGAACUAGGAUAUGGUGCAGGGCAGAUUAAUCCCCUCAAGGCCAUCAAUCCAGGUCUUGUGUAUGACGCGAAUGCAAAUUCUUAUCUCAACAUGCUAUGUAGCCAAGGAUACAGUGAAACAUCUUUACGCUUACUGACAGGAGAAUUUAUUAGUUGUUCUUCAAAUUUAUCUAAAAAUGGAGUAUGGGAACUUAACUACCCUUCCAUAAUGGUUAUUAGCAAUGCAAGCGAGCCCUUUCUUGCUCAAUUCCCAAGAACGGUUACAAAUGUGGGACCUGCAAAAUCGACUUACGAAGCCAAAAUAAAUGCGCCCUUUGGAAUGAACGUGACAGUGGAACCAGAUAUACUCACUUUCACGUCCUCCAACCAGAAGAUGUCAUACAAUGUGAAAAUUGAAAGUCGAGUUGUACCAAAUGAUAAGGCUUUACUAUCAGGUGCAUUGACUUGGAGCUAUGGCAAUUACAGUGUGCGCAGCCCCAUUCUUGUGUAUUAUAAAGAGAUAAAGGCGCUCAAGGAUGAAGUAGAAAGGUUGGAAGAUGAGAUGAAAAGGAGUAAAGUGGCUCAGAAAAGUUCAAACGAUGAUGAAGAGAAGAGAGUCAGUGAUUUGGUUGAAAAUAAUAGUACAUUGUCACAUGAGAUAAAGGCGCUGAAGGUUGAAUUAGCAAGGUUGGAAGAUGAACUCAAAAGGAGCAAAGUGGCUCAGAAAAUUUCAAACGAUGAUGAGGAGAAGAGAGUUAGUGAUUUGGUAGAAGAGAAUAAUACCUUGUCACUCCACCCUUCUAUUUCCAUGCUACCGGUCACAGAUGAUUCAUCUGUGAUGACUAGAGAUCAAUGUGAACAUAGGAUAACCCACAUCUAUGACGUUGUUGAACUUGUUUGGGUGACUUAUAAAGAAUUACAUAAUACAAUGAAUGAGUCUCAUGUCAGGGAAACAGUCAGGAUGAGAUGCUACUUAAAAAAUUGGUCUCCUCAAAUUAGAUGUUUACAAUUGUUGCUGGAACAUGCAAAUUUGGAUGAUAUUACUGACAAUUCCAUUUUGAAAUUCAAUGAAAAGUUUGAUUAUCUAUGCAAUAUUCUACAAAAUCAUAUCUUUUUUAGAAAAAAGUUUAUUCAGUUGGUGAGGUUUUAUGAAGAGCGACCAAUACAGGUUCCUCCUCUUUUGAUAGCAGAAGGGGAGCUGAAGAGAUUUUCAAUUUGA